UAUUUAAAAACUACACCAAAAAUUCAACAAAAUAAGUGAGGAAUAUUUUAUUUUAUGGCCAUGAAAAAACACUACCGAGGGAGUAAUACGGAGUACCUCCCAGUCUUUCCUCAGCUGUCACCAACCUGCGCUUCUUCCUCUUCUGAUCUCCCCAUCUUCAAUGGCCUUUUCCGUGAAGAAUCUGCCGGCGCCGUUCUCGCCACACACCUCGUCGUUCCUACCUCACUCUCCCUUGUUAGUUUCUGCCGGAGCUUCCCCGAGAAACAAUGUCCGGACUCCCAAGAGACGGCUCCGGAUUUGCAGAGCCAUGGUUCAGCAGCCCGUGCAAGGCGGAGCUUCCGCCGCUUUUGCUAAAGAGAUGGAACGGAUUUCCGCUAAGGAGUCCCUGCUUCUCGCUUUCAAAGAUGCUGGAGGGUUUGAGGCACUAGUAACAGGAAGAAUUAGGGAAAUGCAGCGGGUCGACGUGAACGAGAGGAUAAUUGGACUCGAGCGACUCAAUCCCACGCCUCGCCCAACAACGUCUCCAUUUUUGGAAGGUAGAUGGAGUAUUGAGUGGUUUGGAUCUGGAAGCCCUCCCGCUAAGUUUGUUUUCGAGAGGUUUCCUCCGUCAUUGGCAAAUUUAUCAAAGUUGGUUUUGGUGAUCAAAGAUAGCUAUGCAAACAUUGCUGCUAAAAUGAAAUUGCUGAACUCGAUUGAAAGCAGUUUUGUUCUCUCGGCCAAGUUAUCUGUUGAGGGCCCACUUAGAAUGAAAGAAGAAUAUGUUGAAGGGAUACUUGAAUCGCCAAAGGUCAACGAAGAAACUCUACCUCAGCUGCUAAGAGGUGCUUUGGGACAGGCAAUGAGCAGUGUCCAGCAACUUCCUGUUCCUAUCAGAGAUGUGGUGUCCACUGGAUUGAAAAUUCCGCUUGGCGGGAGCAUUCAAAGAUUAUUUAUCAUCUCCUAUCUUGAUGAAGAGAUCCUGAUUAUCAGAGAUAGCAGUGGAGCACCAGAAGUCCUCACAAGGUUUGAUUCGGACCCUGAGACAGAACAGAUAAUAACCGAAUACGAAAGCUGAAGGGCACUUUCGUCUUUUGCACACAUGAGACGAACCUUAAUCACUUGUUGCGGUCAUCAUCAGUUAUUAUGUGUGAUAAUGGUUUCAUCAUCCCUUUCCCUUUUGUUGUCACAGACAGAUUAAAAUGAACUGUCUCCCAGUGUAGUAAUGAUCAUGUAAGGAAUGGGUAAAAAGUGAAAAAUCUUCAUUAGCUUGGUUUCCAUAACUGGCCAUAUGAGUUCAUGUUGACCAUGGAUGAAGCAGUUGGCUUUUCUGCAAUGAAUAGAAGCUGGAGUUGGUAAACCUUUUUACCAGCUAUAUCACUCUGUA